GUUAGGUUAACGCCGUCGAGUGUUGAAACUCAUGGAAGUCCCCACGCUUUAAAUAUAAUACAGGCACGUACAUCUACAAUCUAUGGACGACGACGAUUUCAGGCGGAGAGGAAGGGAAAUGGAGGUCAAGAGCAGAACGGUUCGCUCGCUCGUGGCAAGGCUGAGCUCAGUGUCCGAGCAUACCCGAGCUGAAGCUCUAGCGGAGCUGCGGCUCAUCUCGAAGCACGACGAGGAUAGCCGCUCUUUAAUUGCGGAAGCCGAUGCUGUCCCUUACCUAGCAGAGACUCUGUACUCUGAAUCUCAGGAUUUUCAAGAGAACGCCGCCGCCACGCUCCUCAACCUUUCGAUUUCGUCUCGGGAGUCACUUAUUUCAACGCGUGGCCUAUUGGACGCGCUCUCUCACGCACUUCAACACGCCUCCACCUCGACCACGCCCGCAGCCGUGCAGUCAUGUGCGGCAACUCUUCAUAGCCUCCUUGUUGUCGACUCCUACCGUCCUAUUAUUGGAUCCAAGCGCGACAUCGUACAUGCUCUUGCGCAGAUCGUCAAGAAUCCUAAUUCUCCUCCCCGAUCAAUCAAGGACUCGCUAAAAGCGCUUUUUGGACUGGCGCUUUAUCCUUUGAAUCGAAACACUAUGAUCGAGCUCGGUGUUGUGCAACCUCUGUUCGCACUGAUUGUGAAGGACGGGAGAGUGGGGAUUGUGGAGGACGCUACUGCCGUGGUGGCGCAGAUGGCAGGGUGCGAAGAGAGCGAGGAGGCAUUCGCGAGGGUUGGCGGAGUGAGAGUUCUUGUGGAUUUGUUGGAUGUAGGGACGGGGACAAGCAUAAGGAUAAAGGAGAAUGCGGUGGCAGCGUUGCUGAACUUGGUGAGUACUGGUGGUGCAAGAAUUGGGAGGGAGGUGAGAGAAAUGGCUGCCACCGCGGUGGAGGGGGUGGUUGAGGUCGCCGAGGGCGGAAGCACCAAGGGAAAGAGCAAGGCCAUGUCGCUGUUGAGGAUUAUUGAAGGUGCCAAUAACGGUGUGCGAGAUUCACGGUUUGAUUGUGCGGGAUUCACGGUUUGAUUCUUACUAAAUCAAUACGAUUAGCGGCUUCCAUAACUUGUUCUUUAUUCGGUUUCAUAGAUUUGUGUAUGAUAUGUUUCAAAUUGUUAGGAAUCAGCAGUGUAUAUUCUUGUAACAUGAAUGAAUAAGAUGAUGUAUGAGUGUUUUUAGAGAAACAAUUUUCAGUUCUGAGCCACA